AUGGUUCGACCAAAUGGAGAAAGACCUGAGGAAGCUAGGGAGAAGGAAGGAAGAUGCAAGAAGCAGAGACAUAUGGAGGCAAUCAAGUUAUGCGGCCUUUGCUGCCUGAUGUGUGUCGGGACUUGUGUUCUGGUGACUGUCACCACCACAGUUGUACACAUGAGCAGACUACAGAGUCUGCGUGAAUGUGUCUACACUCUCAAGACGCAGACCUGCACCUGCUACUCCGUCCUGCUAGAGUCUGCGUCUGAAAGAACAGAUGAAGGGUCAAGAUAUGUCUUCAAUACUACUCCAGACUGCGAGGCUAUUCACGGAGCUCUCUACUCUUGUCUACGAGCUUUGUUUGGACUCUCUGUGAUUGGCAUUCUUGUCUGCAUCUUCUGUUGUAUGCUCGUCUACCAGCUCCUUAGUCACGAGCGUAAAAAGAUGUAUUGGGAGCAACUGGAGUUGCGCUGCCGCUACUUGUAUGGUCAAGCGUCGAACCCCACUCGCGCCCCAUCUCAGCCAACACAACACUGCGCUUGUUGUCAACAGUUCCGCUACCAGCAAGACAUCCUUGCCUGGGAGCCUUCGGAGAACAGGUUUUGGAACGGUGGACAAGUAGGCAACCUGUACACCCCCAACCCUGUUGGAGAUGAGCCUGUGGCACAACCCUCGUCCUCUGGCUGGAGCUGGAGACGUCUUCCCUGGUCUCGUCAGCCUGCCACCUUACCACCUCCGUCCAACCAGAGUUCUGGAGGCUACCAUCAACCUCUCAACUGCAGCAGCCCAGACAGUCAGUAUGGCUUCAACUCAGACCAAGGCCGAGUAGCCACUGUGUCUUCUGGCAAUGCCUCAUACACCGUGAUAGAGCCCGUGAUGACUCCUGGGUGUCACGUGUACCACUGGGGUCCUCCCCCACCGUACUCCGACCCCAACAGUCCCAGCAGGGGGGUUCUGUGCCCCCCUGGCCCCCACCACCACCACUGCCAACAGCAGAGGGCCAUGGGCAACUACAUCAACACAGAUCCAGAGAAUGAGCCAGAGUCAUGUAGAGUACUGCAGUUACGUAUCCCCAGCCGUCGACCGGACCUGCCUCUCUCAUCAUCAUCGUCAUCUGUCAAGUCUGGAGCUCAAGCGGCAACAGACACUCGUAGAGCGGACCUCAAACCACCCGACCCGGCUGUUGCCAACAGAAUAAAAUACAUCCACAACAAACUUCAGAGUACCUCUAAUAACUCGUCAAAAAAGCAAGCCCAAGAACAAACAGAAUCCGAAGUUUACUUUGCAGAUGUAUCCAGUUGUAACGUAUCUGUAAGAAAUGAUUCGAUGUCUAUAUAUGGUGAAGCCCUGGACAAUAAACGAGUGGAAAGGAUAUCAGAACUGUCAGACGAAUCGCUCGAUAAUCACAAUGGAGAAGGAUCCCAAAACCAGAUACGCUCUUUACCUCAUGCAGAUGAGAAAAAUUCUAGUUUUCAGAUUGUUAGACCAACACAAGAAAUUCAGGGGACCGAUGUUCAUUCUCCAAAAGAAAUUAAAAGUUUUCAAAGAACUCACGGAGUAGGAGAUAUGUCGUUCUCGGGAAUUCCUUUAGAUUGCUCUGAAGACGAUGAUCCGGAAUUGGUCAGCUUCAGUAGAAGACAAGCUUCUUUGAAGGAAGGUCUGUCUCACUACAGGAACAAUCAUUCCAAUCAGAACAAGAGUGAAACUGAACACUGUAUGGUAGAAACUUCACACAAAAAUCAAAAUGACUUUCCCUCACCAAUGUCAAUAUCUUCACCUUCAACGGUCGGGAAAGGAAAUGGUGGCUUCUAUGCUGAAGUUGUGAAUUCAGACAACGGUUCAUCAGACUCUGUGUGGAGUGGAUAUUCUCCUGACCUUCUUGCACCAGAUGCCCAGUACGAAGUCAUCCCAGAACACAGACUUGCGUAUUCUGAAGAUUUCAACGGAAAUCCUAAUGAAUGCAGUGGAAAUCGUGGUAGAGCAAAAUUCCACCCUGUCUCCAAAAAGAGACAGUGUUCACAAGUGGUAGGUGAGAGUUGGUCGAAUAGUGCAGUGUGUAGUGAAAAUCAAGAUUUUAACGAUAGGCAAAAGUUCAGCGGUUACAAUAUCAACUCGCAAAAAAAUAUUGACAGGUCAAAAGAUUUCCAAAGAACCUCUAGAUCUAACGAACGUUGCCUUGCGGAUAUUUUGAACUCCCCAAAAUUUAACUACAAACACUCAAGACAUGAACAAGUAAACAGCAGUUCUUCCUCUCAAGGUUUUCCCGAGCCGAGACGAAAUGAUUUCUCAAUGCUUCUAGACCACAGUCUGCCUGGAAACAACAUGGGAGGUUUUUACUACACAAUUGGUGAGAACGACAAUAUGUGUUGUGAAAGACCUACUAAUGACAGCUAUGACAUCGUUGGGAAUGAAAAAGGAGAAUCUCAAAAUCCGCAGAGAAUAUCAGAAUGUAAAGAAGUUGUUAGCAAUACUCCCAAAGCAGCAGAGAGAGUAAAGUUAAACACAAACUUUGCAAAUUCUCAAGAGCCCAUAGAAAACACUGAAUGUAUUCACUCAGAUAGUGGUUGCAAGUGCUACAAUGCAACGGAAAUGCCCAGUAAUAACCUCAGAGACGUUUUACCUGGUAAUAUACAUGAACAAUAGAUCUGUGUUGUGACAUAGUGUACAAAUGUUAUUAAUUUUUAUAUUUUAAUGUUAAAUAGUCUUAGUGAUUAUACUGUGGUUUUAAUAACAGUUUUGUACAUAGAUAUUUAUUUAAACGAUGCAGUGUUAUAAACAUAACUUUUCUAAUUUUAUAAAUAUUUUUUUUUAUCAAUCCCUAUAUUAUAUGCCUUCAAGACUAAAGUCUGGCAUUUGUAACUUAUGAUUCUGUACUGCUAAAGGUUACAGUUGAACUCUUGACUACCCUAAAACUGCAGUCUUUUUAAUGUCGAGUCGAAAAACGUCUGUUUGGGGUGAAAAUGAAAAAUAUUUACUGCAUACCAUCUAGAUCUGAAAAAAAUUCUUUAACAUAGUUGUUACAAUUUCGAUCAGACUAUUUAAACAUGUUUACAACGUCUAUAUUUCCAAUG